AGUGAGCGCGCGUGCGCGACGUGCGUGCGCGCUGGACGUCGUGACGUGUGCGCGUGCGUCUUAUCGGCGCCUGGCUACCUGAGGAGGGGCGCGGUUGUAAGAGAGAACGAGUGAGCCGGGCAGGGCUUCUGAUGUAAAUGAAUUGCUCUGAUCCAAUAGCCGACGUGAGACUCGGUCUCCUUGUCUUUAAAGUGUGGAUGUCAGGAAUCUUGCCGCAUUGCAUUGUUCUGAGCUCUCGCAUUUUGUUAGCUGCCAUUGUAUUUGUUUGUUACGUGUGUAAUGACGUGCGGCUGGAGCUUGGACAAGUCUCUAGGGCCUUCAUUGCUCAGUUAACUCACUUGUGCAAUGGAACAGGGAAGGGGCUGGACUAUCUAGCCCCCAGAGCCCUUUCCUGGCUCUACCGUUACCCAGAUCCCAAGUUAUUUAUUAUGUAUUCAUUUGUUAUUUGUUAUGUAUAAGCAUGUCUGUAUCCUGAAGCCAUCGAAGGCUGUGUGACGCUGGAAGGUCUGGGACAAAUUUAAGAAGAGCGAGGUGAGCUGGAGCUGAGAGGGGUGGGCUCGCAGGCUGCACAGGAAAUGUCUUCUCUUUGGAGAGUUUGUGAGGGCAUGGUCGGGAAUGAAGGGCUCACCAGCCACAGCUAAGGAGAUUCUGUCAUCACCUCUCCCUGAACACUCCCUUCUCCCCUCAUUUUCUGUUCAAUGUUUCCGGAGGCGAGCUCUCCUCAAACGAUGUCCCAUUGUUGAUGUCAUCUAGAAAGAUGCCGAGGUUCCCGGCUUCCUGACCUUAUAGAGGUACAAAAUGGUAGUGCAGUGGGGUUAUCUGUUUUGCCCUUAUUUGAAAAGUGAAAAGACAAAAAUUGAGCCUGAGAAGGUGACUGACUGAGCUGAUGCACCUUGUUAGUGGCAGAACCACGAUUAAAAGUUCGGUCUGCAGAUUGCUGGGCCGCUGCCCAAUGUGCCACCGCUAAGUCAAAGAGAGUUUCUUACCAAAAGACCUUUGGAAAGUCGUUAAGCAGGUUAGAACAAACAUUAAACAUUUUUUAUCUUGUCUCAAACACCCCCAUCUCUUUUUUUCAGAGGUUUCUUGGAUUAUCUGACCUCAAGGGAUUAAUAGUGUUAACAGGAAAACACUAACAAUGUGGCUCAAGGUUUUUAAUUUUUCCCCACCACAUCGGGUUUUUUUUUGACAAAUCCGUAGUGUUUCCUCCUUUAGGUUACUGUUCUAUGUUAAACUCAUCUUCUCAUGUUUUUAAUUUUUCUGUGUCACAGAACCUAAAUUGGUAAUAAAUCAAUAAGAAACAAAUGUUUACAUUCACUCAGUGAAAAGUAUCAUGUCUAAGCUCAACAUAUAUCGGAGCCACACAUGGACACCUCUGCCUCCUUCACUAAGAGCGGAAAAUGAACAGAUCUCAGGAACAAGUGUCGUUCAAAGAUGUAUGUGUGGACUUCACUCAGGAAGAGUGGUAUCUGCUGGAUCCUGCUCAGAAGAUACUAUACAGAGAUGUGAUUCUAGAAAAUUACAGCCACCUUGUCUCAGUAGGAUAUUGCUUUACUAAGCCAGAAGUGGUCUUCAAGAUAGAGCAAGGAGAGGAGCCCUGGAUAUUAGGGGCAGGAUUCCCAAGCCACUGCCACCGAGAAGACUGGAAAGUUGAUGACCUGAUAGAGAGCAGCCAGGACAAUGAAGACGAACACUUUUGGCAACUUGCUUUCACCGCCAACAAAACGUUAAAUAUAGAUACUGGUGCCAGAGUAAGAAAAACUUUCAAUCUGGGCACAGAUUCUGUUUCUUCAAGAAAUUUUCCAUAUAAGAUCUGUGACUCAUGUGAAAUGAGUUUGAAAAAUAUUUCAGGCUUAAUUAUUAGUAGAAAGAGCUAUUCUGGAAAGAAGUCUGAUGAAUUUAAUGCGUAUGAGAAAUUGCUCCUUGACAUCAGACAUGAGAAAACUCCUUCUGGAGGGAAAUCUUGUAAAUAUAAUCAAAAAAGGAAUGUGCUCAAUCAUAGCCACAAUCUCAGUCAGCCAAUUUUUGACCAACCUUCUGAUUAUCAUGAAAAUGGACCAGCCUUCCAUGAGGAAGCGGCAUUUUUCACAAACAAGAAAAUACAGGUAGGAGAGACGCUCUGUAAAUACAGUGCAUGUGGAAGAACGUUCAUCCACAGUUUAGAACUCGGUUUAUCUCAGAGAACUCAUUUGGAGAUGGAGCCAUAUGAAUGCAACAUUUGUGGGAAGUCCUUCUACAGCGAGUUAAGAUUGGGACAUCAGAGAACUCUCCCAGGGGAGACUGCUUACGAAUAUAAUGAAUACGGGCAAAACUUCUGUGAUGACUCAACUUUCAUUAUCCAUCAGGGAACCUAUGCAAGAAAGAUUCCCCACGAAUAUAAAGUGAACCAUAAAAUGUGGGAAAAGUCAGCCCUCUUUAAACAUCCGAUAGUACAGGUGGGCAAAAAACCUUAUGAGCACAAUGAAAAUAGAAAUAACUUCAACAAGAAGUCACAUCUCACCCAACUUCGAAGAGCUCACUCAGGAGAAAAAACCUUCGAAUGUGGCGAAUGUGGGAAAACAUUCUGGGAGAAAUCAAACCUCACUCAGCAUCAAAGAACACACACAGGAGAGAAACCCUAUGAAUGUACUGAAUGUGGGAAAUCGUUUUGUCAGAAACCACACCUUACCAACCAUCAGCGAACACAUACAGGAGAAAAACCCUAUGCAUGUAAGCAGUGUGGAAAAACGUUCUGUGUAAAGUCCAACCUCACAGAACAUCAGAGAACGCACACAGGGGAGAAACCAUAUGAAUGUAAUACGUGUGGGAAAUCCUUCUGCCACAGGUCAGCGCUAACUGUACAUCAGAGGACACACACAGGAGAGAAACCCUUCGUAUGUAAUGAAUGUGGGAAAUCCUUCUGUGUGAAGUCAAACCUCAUUGUACAUCAAAGAACUCACACGGGGGAGAAGCCCUACAAAUGUAAUGAGUGUGGGAAAACCUUCUGUGAAAAAUCAGCUCUCACUAAACAUCAGAGAACUCACACAGGAGAGAAACCCUAUGAGUGUAACGGAUGUGGGAAAACCUUUAGUCAGAGGUCAGUACUGACGAAACAUCAGAGAAUUCACACAAGGGUGAAAGCUCUUUCAACAUCCUGAUGUCUAGAACCUUCCAUCCACCCUUUCAAAUUCUUAACACCAUUUUUGAAAAUAAGAUGAAUGAGACCCAAAGAAUGCCUCAUGUUACUAGAAAGCGACAUCUUGUACUUCAAAUAAUGAAUUGUGAAAGCUCUCAAAAACUGAAACUUCUUACCAGAAAGAUUAUAUUGAGGGGAAGUUUAUUCACUUAAGUACUGUGGUAAAAGUCUUUGUCUAGAAUUUAUGUUGUGUCAUAUUCCAGAUGUGAUACCAUAUUUUAUUGUAAAUACAGUAGAUGACAUUCAUUCAUACCCAUAUUCACAAUGGAAUCUGGAGCUUAAAAUCACAGCAGCAUUAAACAUUAAUGUAAAGAGCCCCUGACGAUUGCAGGCCCAAUGUGGGUGUAGUAGUAUCACAGAAAUGGCACAUAUGCUUGAUUUGCAAAUUGAGAUUGUAAGUUCACAACGAACUUGUGAAGAGAAAAUAUCCCUUCAUUAAAUAACUUAUGGUCUAUAUUAAUAUUUCCCACACUAAAUACCCCCAGUGUCUUUAUGGCUUGGCAUAAAUACAUAUGUAUAUAUGUAGAUGUAAAUAUAUUUAUAUACCCAUGCCCACACAGAUACAGUGGUGUGUUAGAGUAAGUUCCCAAUGGCUUGCAAGUACUGCUGAUGGUUAUAUUUCCAGGAAUUUUGUGAGUCAGUUCUUCAACAUAGUCAUUAUUUAAAAAUUAAAUUAUAUUUAAAACAAAGGUAAAAACUACUCAGCACUCCUUGUUUCCUAAUUAUUUUAUAAUAUGUUGCCAUGAUCUUUGUUCUUUAGGUCACUUACAUUAUUGAGUCUGCAUGGUGAAAAUACCAUAUAACAUGUUCUCCCGCCCAUCUCUUCCCACCUCUGCACUCAGUGUUGUCAUGUGGGUAGCUUGGCUUUAGUGUGAGUGUUUACACCCUGGAUAUUGGCAAAAUCUAUAAACUGGGGUUUUUGUUUUUUUCUUAGAGAGCCUGUUGUCAAAUAUUUGCCAGCACACCACCGUGUAUAUAUAUGAAAAUAUAUUUGGAAAAUUUACAGUACAAACUAUAUACCCUACCCCUUGUUCCAUUUCCUGCCAAAUAAGUGGCUGUGGCCAUUAUUGCUGAACUGCCUCUUCAAUAAAGAACCCUAAGUCUG